CCCAGUGCUGGUAGUGAUAAAUGACGUACAAUAUCACUGAAUGCUGAGACUCAGCCACACAUAGAAAAGGGAAUCUAAGAGGAAUUCCUUGACAGCAAGAGACAACUGAUUUUAUGAAGAAAGCAGGCCAGUGUCAAAGAAGAGAGGAGUUCAAUCCUGGAAGGUACUGAGUACUCUGGCUGUGAUCCAGGAAAGCACUCAACUGACCCAGGUUGGAGAAUAUGAACUAGUUACUUACAGAAAUCAGCUGAAUUCAGGCCCUUCUUAUAAUGUGAUCAUCAGCAUGAGACCUUUGGCUAAAGACAGAGAGAAAAAUAUUCCUUUGAAUCAUUUCAGAGAAUUUGAUCAGCUUGGAAUUUUUCCACUUUGAAAUAGCUCAGAGUUCAACCAUUUCCUCAAGAUGAAAACUGAUUGAAAGAAGGGUUCAGCAUGAAUUUCUCCACAUUGCUAUCUCUCGUGCUGAUGCUGGUUCAACUUUGGCCUUGCUCUCUGAGCACACAGAACCACAGCGCUCAAAGCACAGAUCAGUCUUUCACAGCAGUCCGAAGAGUGAAACGCAGCUGGGUAUGGGAGCCACUUUUUGCAACUGAGGAGCAGACUUCAAUGGUGCCUGUGUAUGUUGGACAGCUGAAAUCAGAUUUAGACAAACAGGAUGGCAACCUAAAAUACAUUUUGACUGGGGAGGGAGCUGGAAGCACUUUUAUCAUUGAUGAAAAUAAUGGCAAAAUUUACGUGACACAAAAGCUGGAUCGAGAAAAGAAAUCCUUCUACACUCUAAGAGCACAAGCAAUAAGCAGGAGCACUCAGCUUCCUGUUGAACCUGAAUCAGAAUUUAUUAUCAAGGUUCGAGAUAUCAAUGAUCAUGAACCACAAUUCUUGGAUGGACCUUAUGUGGCCACUGUUCCAGAGAUGUCACCUGAAGGUACUUCGGUUACACAGGUAACAGCUACAGAUGGUGAUGAUCCUUCUUAUGGGAAUAGUGCCCGUCUGCUUUACAGUCUCAUUCAGGGACAGCCUUAUUUCUCUGUGGAGCCAAAGACAGGGGUCAUCAGAAUGGCUUCCCAAAUGGACAGAGAAACAAAAGAUCAGUAUUUGGUCAUCAUCCAAGCCAAAGAUAUGGUUGGGCAGGCAGGGGCAUUUUCAGCAACAGCUACUGUCACCAUCAACCUCUCCGACAUCAAUGACAAUCCACCUAAAUUUCAACAGCGACUCUACCAUAUGAACGUCUCUGAAGAGGCUCCUGUGGGCACUACUAUAGGCAAAGUCUUCGCAGAAGACAGUGACAUAGGGGAGAAUGCAGCCAUGAACUAUUCCAUUGAAGAAGAUAGCUCAGGUGUUUUUGACAUCAUUACUAACAAUGAGACUCAAGAAGGAAUUAUCUUAUUAAAAAAGAGAGUGGAUUAUGAGAGCAAGAGGAGAUACAGUAUUCGAGCAAAAGUUGUAAACAGGUACAUCGAUUACCGUUUUCUGAAAGAAGGACCAUUUGAAGACAAAACUGUUGUCAAAAUCAGUGUGGAAGAUGCUGAUGAACCUCCAGUUUUCACCUUGGAGAACUAUGUGAUGGAGAUUGCUGAAGGGGCUAUGAGUGGCUCACUGGUAGGCGUUGUAACUGCUAGAGAUCCAGACGAUGAUGACUCUCCAGUCAGGUACUCUAUUGUCCACGGCAUGCAUUUAAAGGGAUUGUUCAGCAUCAAUGAACACAAUGGAACAAUAAUUACAACUAGACCUCUGGACCGAGAGAUAGCUUCUUGGCACAACAUAACUGUUACGGCCACAGAAACAAGAAAUCCUGAAAAAAUUUCAGAAGCAAAUGUGUAUAUCCAAGUUCUCGAUGUUAAUGAUCAUGCACCAGAAUUCUCUAAAUAUUAUGAAACAUUUGUUUGUGAAAAUGCGGUUUCUGGCCAGCUAAUUCAAAGCAUCAGUGCAGUGGAUCAAGAUGACUCAGCAGAAGGUCACCAUUUUUACUUCUCAUUGGCUCAGGAGGCCACAAACAACUCACAUUUUACUGUCAAAGAUAAUCAAGAUAACACAGCCGGAAUUUUCACAGCAAAAAGUGGCUUCAGGAGGCAAGACCAGUUUUAUUUUUACUUGCCAAUCUUAAUUCUGGAUAAUGGAAGCCCACCGCUGACGAGUACAAAUACUCUCACUAUCACUGUCUGCAACUGUGACACCAAAGUUAACACCUUCUACUGUCGAUACGGAGCUUUCAUGUAUGCCAUGGGUCUCAGCACAGAAGCUUUAGUUGCUGUUUUGGCUUGCAUACUAAUACUCCUAGUGUUCUUUUUGGCAAUUGUAGCAAUAAGGCAGCAGAGGAAGAAGUCUCUCUUUUCAGAGAAAAUGGAAGAAUUCAGAGAGAACAUUGUCAGGUAUGACGAUGAAGGAGGGGGUGAGGAAGACACAGAAGCCUUUGAUAUUUCAGCACUGAGGACCCGCACUGUCAUGAGAACGCACAAACCUCGAAAGAAGGUCACCACAGAAAUCCACAGCCUCUACAGACAGUCUCUGCAAGUUGGCCCUGACAGUGCAAUCUUCAGGCAAUUCAUUUCAGAAAAGCUUGAAGAAGCAAAUACAGAUCCUACUGUUCCUCCAUAUGAUUCACUUCAGACCUAUGCGUUUGAGGGGACUGGCUCUUUGGCAGGAUCCCUCAGCUCCUUAGAUUCAAACAUGUCAGACACGGAUCAGAGUUAUGAGUACCUUACAGACUGGGGACCUCACUUUAAACAGCUUGCAGGCAUGUACGCUUCACAUAGAAGUGCGGGGGAUUAGUUACUCUUUGGUUUGUUGUUUUGUUUUCCUAAAUCUCAGCAACCAAAAACAGCUGUGGAUUUUGAGAAAGGAGAUCAUCCCACAUUUAUGCACAAAAAAUAUAAGCCCGAGACUUUUUGUCUGGAAAGUCUUGGAUAUAGAGGUCUUCUGAAAAAUCACACCAGGCGUGUCAUGAGGUGAGGGGAUAGAGACUCCUGUUCGAAAAUCUCGUGGCUAUUUAGGUACCCAAAUGCAAACUGCUGCUUUUGGUCUCUAGGCCCCCUUCUGGAUAAUGAACACCUGGGUCCUACAAGUACAAAAGGAGGAGUAGAAGCCAUAAAAGGAUAUUGUACAUAUUCUGUCAUCCAUAAGCUUUAAACUGUUUCCAAAGUUAAGACAGAUUUUUGCUGUUGCAGUUGAAUAUAUUCAUUAACCAAAGUUAAACAAGCAUAUUUGUGUAAUGCUUCCUUAUAUAAAUAUACUUGUGUGAAAAAACAGACCCUAGAUAUUCUAAUACAGUUGUCAGAAGUGCUCACAGAAUCAUCUAUUUAUUGUUCUUAGAAUGAUAAAACUAAAACAAAUGUCUUUUCCUACCAGCGUAAAAACAAAGACCUAUUAGAACAUCAGCAAGUAUUUGCUCCCAUUUUAGUUUUUAAUGGAGCUAUUGGAAAAUGUAUAAAUGAAUACCUAUUUUAGCAAAUAAGAUAGAAAAAAGGAAAUCAGUUCAAGUUAGAAUCAAUAUUCAACAUAAAUACUGCAAUUGGCAACAUUAUAUAUUACUGUACUUAGAACAAAAUGCUAUCUAAAUACAGGCAAUUUUCCUUUUAUUGAGAGUUCAAAGGAUGACUGAUUUAACAGUACAGAUUUAUUUUUUUAUUAUGAAAUAUAAAAUUAUCUGCAGUAGUCAGUUUUAUUAUAUCAAUAUUAAAAAUCUUUAAAAUGCUAAGCUGAUGGUUAUAAAACUUUAUGAAUAACAUUAGAUAAUAAGAUAAUAAAAUGCUUUAAUGUUAAUCCACUUCUGACAAUGAUCCUGAACUAUUCUGCAAGACUCAAGCCAGACUUCAAAAUUAAUUCCCCACCCUAUUUUUUCCAAACAUUCCAUAGUGAAUAUAAAGCUGUCUCAGAAUAUUUCUUCACUCUUACUUAUACCAUUGCCUGGCAGCAAUUUUGGAUCUGAGGGUCAUCAAAUAUGUUCAAAAUGGUCUAUCUGGAAAAAGCUACCUGCCUGCUUUUAAUUCACCUCUUUUCCGUCAGGUACUUGUUUUACAGAAAUUACAUCAUGUUAUCAACUGAUGCAAUUCCACGGCUGAAAGCUGUCAUCAAGAUAAAGAAAAUUAUGCAACAUGUUUCUUCUCCCCCACACCCCUCCUUUUUUUUUUUUUUUUUUUUAAAUAAGAUUUUGGGUAAGUGCAACUGCAGUAUAGAGAGCCAGGCAAAGCUUAUGCAAGGAAGAAAACAAACAUACAAACCCCCAACAAACAAACAAAAAAGCAUGUAACAUACAAGCUCUGCAAUGUUUGCUACAAUUGUUGUUCACUGAAGAAAAUCAAGGUAUGUAGGCUUAGCGGAAAGGUGCCAAUGCAGAGUUUAAAUUCCUGUCAGUUAAAAAUAAAACACGUGGAGGAGUCUGAAAAUCAGGAAAGAUUUCCAAUGUGAGGUCCGGUAAGGGGAGAAAUGUUAUUCAUAAUAUUCAUAGCUGGAAAAAUACCAGGGGCGGGAGUUCAUCUGACCAGGUGCAGAUGAAGCAGCGUCUGCUUCAUAAGGAAAAACUGUUUCUCUCCAGUCUUGUGCUAAGACACAAGUAUGAAUGAGCAGCUACAAAACAGCUUUAAAAAGAUACACCAGUAAAAAACAUUGUAUUAAUGACUCUAACAUUUGUGUUCAAUGGUUCUCCAACAGAUGUGACAAAAUAACUUUUAUUUGAGAUAACAUUGUACAUAUUACUAAUUUGCUCCAUGGAGAGUAAUAGAGAAAGAGAGAACAAUUGUACAUGCACUGGUUGUUGAAGGUGGUGAAGAGUAUAUUUUUAGGAUUAGGUCUAUAGAUUAAUUUGGGUUAUACCUUAAACAAAUACUUAUUCCACAGAUGGUCCCAGUGGCAUUAAUAGAAUUCCUCGUGCUUUCAGGUUGUAUUUAGUACAAAAAAGAUAACAACGUCUGAUCCUUUCUUGAUCCAGAGAUUUUGUACAUUUAUGUGGGGAAACAGCCUUGAACACUAGACCAUAUUUGCACUUAUAAUUUCCUCUUUUUACUGUAAGGAACUUUAAAAAUAAAUAUAUAUUUUUUUUAACCAGUGCACACCACCAUCACGUAAUUUUUGUAACCAAUGUAUGCCAUUGUCAGUAACUUCUAUAUUAAAGAGAAUAAUGGUCUACAAUGGGUCUUAAAUGAUUUUUAUCUGAAAAGGCAUAAAACUGUGUUUGCACAGCAGAGAAAGGGAGUGUUUUGCUCUGAAGUAAGAAGUAAUUCCCAACUGUUACUGGGACACAUCUUAUUAGAUUCCUGGUAUUCAAUCUAAAUCAAACCUGUCCAUUUAUUUCCACAUGUGAGAAAAGAAUCACUGAACUGACCUAGUCACUUCACACUUCUUUUGUUAUACUGUACUUAGUUUAGCUGAAAAAUGUCUUCAAAAAGAUUUUGUAGCGGUGUCUGCUUAUUUGAGGGAAGUAAACAUUCUGAGGAAGCCAAAAUUA